AUGGAGGACUUCUCAGAUAUUGCUGCAUCGUUGGGCAUGGACCCUGGUUCAUUGCCCAAAGCCGAACUCAUCAAACCCGCAGAGGUACGCGCACUGGCGGCGCCGAUGGCGGAAGAAGUGUUGCAGCAAUGGGACCUCCUCCGGAAGAUCGUGGAGAGACACGAGGCAACCAUCCAGAACCGGUGGAUAAAGAAGUCCAAGUCCAAACGCCGAGGUGUCCUCCUGGCUGCUUGGCCUGGCAUGUCCGAGUACCACAGGCCGGACUUUGCUGCUUUUAGGAAGAAAAGGUCUGGCGAGCAAGCUCGUGAAGCCUGUCUGUGGCCGCAUAUCAACUUGGAAGACCUCAGCAAAACGGAACCUCUUCUUCUACUGAUCAAUUCUCGCGGCCGAAACACGCCUGAUGUAUUCGCCAUGAACGACGUGGAAGAGUCUCGCUUCGGGCAGGUCAGCAGAACCAUGGACAUGCCCCGUUUUCUCAACUUGUACUCAAUGCUGUUCCUCGGAAGAUGCACCCCUCAAACAUAUGGUACCCUUGUUUCAUGGGACGAUGAGCCUGAUGCUAGCACCUGGAACUUUAGACGUACAGCGGUCCACCCGGGAGAAGGUCUCUGGAUCCUGGAAUUCCAAUCACGCCUUUACCGAUUUCUCGUGGACGUCUGCAAGAGCAUUCUUCACGACAUCUCCCCCGAAGAGCUCAUAGACCCAGCAAUGGCCAUCCCGCCUGAACCACCUUUGGUUACUGGCAAUUCCAACGACUCCAUCGCUGCAUCACUAGCAGUCACUCGGCUUGAAGGUCCUUACCGAGUUCCUGCCCGUCUCGAUAUUGCUGGCCUCCACAGUAUCAUCAAGUCGAAGCUAGCGGAGGCCGAAGACCAUAUCUGGGCUUUGCGAGAAGACCCCGAUUAUUUCAGCGUGACCGUCAGAGAUUGGAAGGAGCACCGACAAGAGAUGAUGCAGGACACCGACGGCAGGCCACACCCCAUCCACGCGCACGCUCCGGACGUCUUCUGGCAGCGGCUGAUUGGAAACAUGAUAUCCAGCGCCAUGUUUCCCGUGGAAGUGUACAGAUCCUUGGCGGAGAAGAUUGAACAUCUCAUCGAUCUGAAAGACCGGAAAUACCGCCACAGAAAUUUCAAGCCCGACGAGAGUCUGCCUCACGACUACGCGAUGGCAUUCUGCAAGUUGAAACACUUUCUACAAAUGUUUCGACCCGGCCCGAUUUCCAACUUGAAGAUGGGAUGGCCUGCAUCGCCACCAAUGCGUCCUUGGUUCCGUCGUGUGCCACCACCAGACCCAACGACUACAGUCAUUCAGGUCACAUCAGUCGGCGAUCGCAGCAAAGACGCAACAGUCGCGGAGCUCUUUUGGAUUAUCGACACUCUCUUUGACGAGAAGCAGUUGUUCCUGACUGGUCUACCCACACUGUUGGACGAGCUGGAACGAGUAACGAGGAAGGACAGGGCUGCUUCGCAGAUGAUUUCUGGAUGGGUCGCAGCGCAAAUUGCGGAUCUCUCGGUGUUAUCAGAGUGCGAAAGACAACUGGAUCUGUUCCAACCAUGGGCAGCAUCAUUCGAAAGUGACAUUGCCGAGAACCAAACAGAAAUCGACAGGGACUUCCAUGAGUUGGUGCGUCGCCUGGUCCCUAUCAACGACCUGAAGAUCAGCCUGGCGACGGCAAGAAUGGGCAUUCCAGACGGGGAUAAGUUCAAGUAUCCCGUGGAGAGGAAGAGAAACAAGCAGAACAUCGACCAGAUGCGUGCGGCGGAACGUGCCCUCGAUACCUUCUGGGCCGAUAUCCAGCAGAGCUUGUGUGGAAGAGACGGUAUCUCAUCUCGGCUGCGCAACAUUCUCCAACGAAGCGUCCAGAGGACCCAAGAAUGGGUUGAGACGGCCAAGGCGAAGGCGCCUGCCGCACCGGGCCAAGACCCAAGUCUAGCUGCGCCGUUUGGCGGUUUGUCGAUGCAAGACACGCCGAAGGAAAAGCCCUCACCUCAACCAAAGACCAAACUGAAGACGAAGGGAGCAGUUCCGGUUGCCGCAACGACCACUGUCCGAGAUCAGGAGCAACCACAGGCUGCGAAGAGACCUCUAUUCAAGGUGGACAAACGGGCUCUCAAAGUUUUCAACACACUAUUUUUCAACCCGUUGACGUCUUCUUCCCCUGGAGAGAUUCCCUGGACGGAGUUCCUCCAUGCCAUGCAGAGUGUUGGGUUCCACAUGGAGAAGCUGUAUGGAUCGGCGUGGAAGUUUACGCCAACAAAGCUCGAUGUUGAGACCAGCAUCCAAUUUCAUGAGCCUCACCCGAGUUCGAAGCUGCCGUUUGUUUUUGCCAGGCGCAUUGGCAGACGUCUUAACAGGGAGUACGGAUGGGAGGGGGACAUGUUUGUCUCUUUAUAG